CAAUGAACCGUCGCACCAAAACACAGACUUUACUUCACUCUCCACGCCUCUCUCUCUCUCUCGCAAAAAUGGCGAAACCUACUUUCUUUAUCACCCACAUUGCCUUUUCUCUGUUACUCUGCUUCUCACUCACCGGAGCUUCUCUGAACCCAGAUUUGGAACCAUUGAUGCAGUUCAAAGCCGCAUCAGACGCAGCCAACAAGCUCACAACAUGGAACUCCACCACCGACCCUUGCACCAGUUGGACCGGCGUCUCUUGUCUCAAAAACCGAGUCUCACAUCUCGUCCUCGAAAACCUUGAUCUCCAUGGCCCUCUGGAGCCCUUGGCCGCUCUCACUCAACUACGGGUCCUUAGCUUGAAACAGAACCUAUUCUCUGGCUCUAUUCCCGACCUCUCUAACUUUACUGCUCUCAAGCUUCUCUUCUUGUCUCACAACAACUUCACCGGUGAUUUCCCUGCAUCUGUAACUUCGCUUUUCAGGUUGUACCGUCUCGAUCUGUCGUUCAACAACUUUACAGGCAAGAUUCCAGAGACGGUCAACCGUUUGACUCAUUUACUCACUCUUCGUCUCGAGAACAACUUGUUUUCUGGUUCGAUUACCGGUUUGAAUAUGCCUAACUUGCAAGAUUUCAACGUCACCGGAAACCGGAUAUCCGGCGAAAUACCAAAAUCGCUGGCCGGAUUCUCUGAAUCGUCUUUUGCGGAAAACGCGGGUCUGUGUGGAUCUCCGAUGCAGAGUUGUAAAGGCAUUGUAAGUGACCCAACAAAACCCGGAUCCGACGGGGCUGUAGGUUCACCAGUAAUUCCGGCUAAUAACCCGAAAACGGUACCAUCAUCACCAAGUGCAAUGCCUUCAAGUACAGAACCCCAAAGCCCCACAAAUCGACGACACAAUGGAGCAGCUAAAAUAAGUCCAGUAGCUCUAAUCGCAAUCAUCCUCGGCGAUGUUUUAGUCCUUGCGCUGAUCUCUCUCCUUCUCUACUGCUACUUCUGGCGCAAUUACGUGGCCAAAAUGAGUGACGGCAAGCGCUCAAAACUCCUGGAGAGCGAGAAGAUUGUCUACUCGUCCAGCCCGUACCCGAACCAGGUUGGGUACGAGCGGGGUACGAUAGUAUUCUUCGAUGGGGUGAAGCGAUUUGAGCUGGAAGACUUGCUUCGUGCCUCUGCUGAAAUGCUUGGGAAGGGAGGAUUUGGGACUGCUUACAAAGCGGUGCUCGAUGAUGGGAAUGUGGUUGCAGUGAAGCGGCUUAAGGAUGCGAAUGUCGGCGGGAGGAAGGAGUUUGAGCAGCAUAUAGAGGUGUUAGGAAGGUUGAGGCAUCAUAAUUUGGUUAGCUUGAAGGCUUACUACUUUGCCAGGGAAGAGAAAUUGCUGGUCUACGAUUACAUGCCUAACGGGAGCUUGUUUUGGCUUCUUCAUGGUAACCGUGGGCCCGGGCGUACCCCGUUGGACUGGACGACAAGGCUCAAAAUAGCAGCAGGAGCGGCCCGUGGGCUUGCCUUUAUUCACAACUCGUGUAAGUCUCUCAGGCUGGCCCACGGUAAUGUCAAGUCCACAAACAUCCUACUGGACGUCACGGGCAAUGCACGUGUUUCAGAUUUUGGACUCUCGGCAUUUGCAUCCCCAACCGCCUCUGCCCCAAGAUCCAACGGUUACCGUGCGCCGGAAUCAUCCGACGGUCGAAAAGCCACCCAGAAAUCUGACGUUUACUCUUUCGGGGUUCUUCUCUUAGAGCUGCUCACGGGGAAGUGUCCGUCUGCUGUCGAUGCUGGUGUGCCCGGGUGUGCGUACGGUGGGGCUGUAGAUUUACCUAGGUGGGUCCAGUCUGUUGUGAGGGAAGAAUGGACGGCGGAGGUUUUUGAUUUGGAGCUGAUGCGGUACAAAGAUAUAGAGGAGGAAAUGGUGGGGUUGUUGCAGAUUGCAUUGUCUUGUACUAUUGUUUCGCCUGAUCAACGGCCUAGGAUGAGUCACGUCGUCAAGAUGAUUGAGGAGAUGAGAGGCGUUGAGGUUUCUCCUUGCCACGAAACGCUCGGGUCUGUCUCCGAAUCGCCGUGCUUGUCGGAGGACACUUGCGGAGCUAGCCAGUGAUGGUGAGUUUAUUUCUCUCUAUAAACCACUGUAGUGAUGGAUGCCUUGAUGUUGAUAUAGAGAAUAUGAGAUUUUGAUUUUGCCCUCUUUUUAUAAUUCAUUUCAAUUCCGGAUUUUCUUAUGUUAAUUGAAGGAAGGAUGAAUAGAGUUUUGGAUUCGAUGAAGAAUAUAUAUAAAAGACUCUUGCUUUUUUGCUUA